AUGGAGAACCUGGAGGCCAUCGUGCUGGUGAUCCUGGCCACGCACAACCUGGUGCGCCUGCACCUGCACCGGGGCGGCGUGGCUGCCCGCGCCCGGCGGACGAUGCGCCGCGUGAUGGCCAACCACGUCUCGCUGCUGCACCAGCUGCUGCCCGACGCGUGUCCGGACAGCGAGGCGCGCCUGGUGGCCGAGGAGCUCCACGCCGGGCCGCACCGCUUCUGGUCGCGCCAGGUGAGCCAGGACUGGUGGGAGCGCGUGGUGCUGGAGACGUGGCAGCCCAGCCAGUGGCUGCAGGGCUUCCGCAUGACCAAGGACACCUUCCUGGCGCUGUGCGAGGAGCUGCGGCCGGAGCUGCAGCGCCAGACCACCACCAUGCGGGCGCCGCUGAGCGUGGAGAAGCGCGUGGGCAUCGCCCUCUGGAAGCUGGCCACCACCGAGUGCUACCGCUCCGUGGCCGCGCACUUCGGGGUGGGGCGCUCCACCGUCGGGGAGGUCUUCAUCGAGGUGUGCCUGGCCAUCGAGAAGCUGCUCUUCAGGAAGGUGGUGGCCCUCGAGGACCCCAAAGAGGUGAUGGUAGUUUUAUUUUUAUUUAUGUACUUGAAUUUCCCCCUCCCUUUGUUACUACUACUACUACUUUGUUUGUUUAUUGUGUGUGUGAAUUUUUUAUUAAAUUUUCUGUUUUACAAUUUAAAAUACUCAUGUUACACCCUUAAGAUAUUCAAUGACUUCCUUUCUUCUCUUUCCAUGGUUCACUUUAGAUAUCAUAAACCCCUGCAUGUUUUACAAAAACUAUACCAUUCAGUAUUCCAUUACUGCACCUAUCAAAACUUAUUUACUGUUGAAUAUAUCUUAAUGCUGCCAGCCUUUUUAGCUGCACACAAUUAUUUCCCAUCUAUUCAAUAAAUGCUUUCCAGUCUUCUUUAAACAUUCUUUAAACUUAGAACAUCUUGUUCUAUUUGUUUAUUUAUUGUUGUGUUGACAUUUCUUUCUCUCUCUCUCUCUCUCUCUCUCUCUUUCUACUAUUCCUUUUCUUUUCUGUUUUAUAAAGAUUUUUAUUAGUUUUACAUAAAGUUAUACACAACAACGAUAACCAUUCCAAAACAAAAAUAUUCAAAGGUUCUUUCGAAUCUUCCAACCUCCUUCCCUCCUUCCAUGGGUUCCAUUCUAAAGAUUUUUUUCUUUUUCUUUUUUCCUGCAUCUUUUACCAAUAUCUAUCUAUUAUAUAAUCACAGUAACCAAAGUUCAUUUCACUUUACAAGUAUCAUUGUAUUCCUGCCAAUGAUUUCAACUGUCUACAGUUGUCUUUCAAGUAUAUUAAAAAGUUACUCCAAUCUUUUAAGAAUACUUGGUCUUCCUGGUUUCUGAUCUUUCCCGCCAGUCUUGCCAUUUCUGCAUAUUCCAUCGGCUUGGUCCGCACUCUUCUCUGGUCGGUACUUCUUUCUUUCCAUCUCUGGGCUAGAAGCAUUCUUGCUGCUGUCGUUGCAUACAUAAAUAGUCUUUUAUUUUAUUUUGGUAGUUCCUCACCUACCAUACAUUAGAGAAAAGCGUCUGGUUUUUUAACAAAACUUUUGUUAAACAUUUUCUUUAACUCAUUAUACUGUAUUUUUCGCCCUAUAGGACGCACUUUUUCCCCUCCAAAAAUGAAGCGGAAAUGUGUGUGCGUCCUAUGGGGCGAAUGCAGGCUUUCCCGGGCUUCCUGCAGCUCCGCGCCACCCCCUGGAUCCCGGCGCGAAGCUGUGCGGGGCUCUGGAGGGUGGCGUGGAGCUGCCUACGCUCCAGGGCUUCCUGCAGCUCUGCGCCACCCUCUGGAUCCUGGCGCGAAGCCGCGCGGGGCUCCGGAAGGUGGCGCAGAGCUGCCUGCGCUCCAGGGCUUCCUGCAGCUCUGCGCCACCCUCUGGAUCCUGGCGCGAAGCCACGCGGGGCUCCGGAGGGUAGCGCAGAGCUGCCUGCAUUCCGGAGCCUGGUGCGCGCUGAAGAGCGCCCCCGGGCUUCGCGCACCUCUCCGUGAGGGAGACCGGCACAGCUCCCUAGGCUUGCAGAUAGCAGGCUGUUCUGGGGGCUGGGGUCGGGGGAAGCUUGGGCUUCCCCUGCGCCUGCCCCUGUGCCUGGGGAGGGGAUAAUUUUUUUUCUUUAUUCCCCCCCCCCAAAAAAAUUAGGUGCGUCCUAUGGGGUGGUGCGUCCUAUGGGGUGAAAAAUAUGGUAUAUCAUUUCCUAGAAAGCUUUUACCACCCCACAGGACCACCACUGAGCUGUAUAGAACCAGCUCAAAUCUGUGCUGAAAAUGUAAAAGGAAAGAGGGUACCUUUUAUCUACUACGUAUUCCUUUUCUGGGACUGAUUGAUUGAUUAUAUUUCUAUGCCAGUUUUCAUCCAGACGACUCCCAAAGCAACCUGAUGCCCACUAGAUGUUUAAGACUCCAAGUCCCAUCAUUCCAAGUUCUGACCGGGGCUGAUGUAGUACAAAACACCUGGCUAGCACCUGUUUCAGGAAGCCUGGCCUGGAUGAUGAUGAUGGGUCGAUCGGCUUUCUAAUUCUUCCAUCUUUUUGUUUUGAAAGGUCAUGGCAGGAUUUGAGGAAAUGGGGUUUCCCAGCUGUGUGGGGGUCAUGGACAGGACCCACAUCCCCAUCAUCUGCACUGUCCGAAAGGGGACCAACAUCAGCCAAAAGGGGUUCUUCCCUAUGUCAAUGCAAGGCACGGUGGACCACAAGGGCCGCUUCAUUGACAUCGAACUCAGCUGGUGCGGUAAAGAUAAGGACGCCUCCUUCUUCCGAAACCUAGCCCUGUGUGAGGCGAUGGACCAAGGGUCGUUCGUACCAGGGACUCAUUCAAUGACCAUUGGCAACGUGGAGAUCCCCCCGCUCAUCUUGGCCGACGCGUCCUACCCCUUGAAGAAGUGGCUCAUGAAGCCCUUCACUGGUAACCUCAGCCCCCGCCAAGAACAUUUCAACUCCCGCCUAAGUGACUGCAAGAAGGUGGCCGAAGAGGCCUUUGGGCGGCUGAAGGGACGGUGGAGGUGCCUGGCCACCCGCUUGGAGGUGGCCGAAGAGAACAUUAUCCCCGUGGUGGUGGGGUCCGUCGUGCUCCACAAUAUUUGCGAGAAUCGUGGACAUGCUUUGGUGGACGGGCCUUGGGCCCAAGACGGCGUGUGGGACCAGGCCCCUGAGGGACACUUGAGGCUCCCAACGUCCCCAGAGGAUGCACGGGAUGGGAGCCUGGUGAGGGAAGCUCUGGCAAGCUACUUCAUGAGCAAUUCCUAA